AACUGAAGGGGAAUAAAGAAAUGUUCAUUGCAAAAUCAGCAGGAAAAAUACUGAUCACAUAUCACAGUGGUGUAUAUGAAAUGAAAAUUUAAAAGACAACAAAGCUCAAUAGAAGAGUUUUAACUGCACAUAAUUAAAAAUCGAUGAAGCAUGAUAAGUGCAUUGACUAAACUUGAAAAAUAGUUCUCCCUGGAAAUGCGCCCGUGUUGAUAUCAAAUAACUGUGUGUGUAUUUCUACGAGGGGCAGAAUUACAUAGGUGAACACACAGCCUCAGCCUUGGACCCCUGCCUCCCUGGAGGAAAUCAGGGUCACAUUUCCCAGCUUGUCCAGGCCUGCAUGCUUCUCAUGCUCUGGUGUAAGUAAAUUCCUCUAUCUGUGAUCUUUUUGCCAGAAGGAAGAGGCCUUCUUAACUGGGUGAGGGAUCCAAGUAUAUGCUCUGGAAGGAUGGAGCCUGUUCUGCCUGAAAUGCACACACUCUCAGGGUGGAGCAUUUUCUUGCUUCUGAAAGAAAACCCUGCCCAGAGAAAGAGCUGAAGGCCAACAGCCUGUCACUCCAUUCUUACUCAACACUGUCUCCUCUUUGUCUCUUUCCGUUUCAGGUCCCAGGUGUGGCACAGAGAGAACUAGUCCAGUCUAGGCAGCUGGGUACCUAGGGCGACCGCCUUGCACAUCCAUGCAGUCAUAAGUAAAGAUAUCACCUGUGUGCACCAGGUAUAUUCACCGGCCUCCACACUGCCUGGUGACUCUGCUUCCACUACCAUCCCUGUUCCUGAAGUGGCUUCUUGGGCUCAGACAGGACAUUCCCUUAGACUUCCAGAAGUUGUAGCCUGGAAAUGUUCCCCAGGACCGUCAGCCUCAGCCAUCCUUUUGCACACAUUGGGAAAGAUGGUACCUUGCUGAUCCAGAAUAUGUGUGAUCUUUUAGAACUCAGUGGUCUUUGAGGAUGUGGCCGUGGACUUUACCCAGGAAGAGUGGGCUUUGCUGGAUUUUUCUCAGCGGGAACUCUACCGAGAUGUGAUGAUGGAAACCUUCAGGAACCUGGACUCAGUUUUUCAACAGGAUAAUAACGAAAAAAAGUUAUCCAUGAAGAAUGACUCCUGGUUCUCCAUGUUAGGAGAAAUCUGUGUAUUCCAUGGCAUUGAAUGUCAGCACAACAACCAGGGAGAGCAUAUGAGAAUAUGUACAGUAGAGAACCUCCAUGAAAGUAAAGAAAGUAGACUAAAGAAAAGUACUGAAGAAUAUCAAUGUGAAAAAACAUCCAGCUGGAUUGGAAAUCUUGCUAGCCUCAAAGGAACUCACACUGGACUAAGUCCUUCUGAGUGCUUUGAGUGUGGAAAAGCUAUCAUGGAUCAUUCAUCAUUUGAGCAUCACAUUGGAUCUCACACUGGAUACAAACAUUAUUGUAACAAAUGUGGAGAAGACUGCAGUUGUUCCUCUUACCUACAACCUUUUGAAAGAGAGAAUCUUUGUAAAUGUAAGGAUUAUGGGAGACCCUGUAGUUGUUCCUCACCGCUCACUGAACAUACAGGAAUUCUCAGUAGAGAGAGGCCUUAUGAAUGUAAGGAAUGUGGGAAAGCCUUUAGUUCUUCCUCAUCAUUCACUAAACAUGUCAGAACUCACAGUGGGGAGAGGCCUUAUGAGUGUAAAGAGUGUGGGAAAGCCUUUAGUCAGGUUUCAGAUCUCACUAGACACAUUAGAGCUCACAGUGGAGAGAAGCCUUAUGAAUGUAACGAGUGUGGGAAAGCCUUUAGCUAUCUCUCAAACCUCACUAGACAUAUACGAACUCACAGGGGAGAGAAGCCUUAUGAAUGUAAGGAAUGUGGGAAAGCCUUUAGUCGUUCCUCUUUCCUCGCUACACAUAUACGAACUCACAGUGGAGAGAGGCCUUAUGAAUGUAAGGAAUGUGGAAAAGCAUUUAGUUCUUCUUCAUCCUUCCGUAAACAUAUAAGAACUCAUAGUGGAGAGAAGCCUUACGAAUGUAAGGAAUGUGGGAAAGCCUUUAGUCAGGUUUCAUAUCUCACUAGACAUGUAAGUGCUCACAGUGGAGAGAAGCCUUAUGAAUGUAAAGAAUGUGGGAAAGCUUUUAGUCACUGUUCACAACUCACUAGACAUGAAAGAGCUCACAGUGGAGACAGGCCUUAUGAAUGUAAGGUAUGUGGGAAAGCCUUUAGUCAGUCCUCACACUUGACUAGCCACAUAAGAACGCACAGUGGAGACAGACCUUAUGAAUGUAAGGAAUGUGGGAAAUCUUUUAGUCAGUGUUCACAACUCACUAGACAUGAAAGAGCUCACAGUGGAGACAGGCCUUAUGAGUGUAAGGAAUGUGGGAAAGCUUUUAGUCAGUCCUCACACCUCACUAGCCAUAUAAGAACACACAGUGGAGACAGGCCUUAUGAAUGUAAGGAAUGUGGGAAAACUUUUAGUCAGUCUUCACAUCUCACUAGCCAUAUAAGAACACACAGUGGAGACAAGCCUUAUGUGUGUAAGGAAUGUGGGAAAUCCUUUAGUGAUUACUCAUCCAUCACUAGACAUUUAAGAACGCAUAGUGGAGAGAGACCUUAUGAAUGUCAGGAGUGCGGGAAAGCCUUUAGGUCUUCCUCAUCCCUCCGAAAACAUGCUAGAACUCACAGUGGAGAUAGACUUUAUUAUAGGAAUGUGGGAAAGCCUUUAAUCAGUCCUCAUCCCUCACUAACCAUAGAUGAGUUCACAGUAUAGAGAGUCCUUAUGAGUAUAAAGAAUGUCAGAAUGCCCUAGUCCUCAUAUCUCACCAUUUAAGAACAGUGAACAGUGGAGAGAAACCUUAUCGAUGUAAGGAAUUUGGGAAAGUCUUUGCUAUUCCUUCUUACCUCAAGGAACACAAAAGAAAUCUUAGUGGAAAGAUAUUUAUGUAUGUGAGGAAUGUGUAAAGUCUGGUUAUUCCUCAUGCCUCACUAAACAAGGGCCCACAGUGAAUAGAAGCCUUGUGAAUGUAAGCGUGAGAAAGCCUUUAGUUAUUCUUCAUUCCUCAGUAAAAUUAUAAGAAUUCACAGAGGAGAGAGGCCUUAUGUACUUAAGGAAUGAGGGGAGCUCUUCAGUUUUCACUCACCCUUUUGAUAAUAUGUGAGGACAUAUACUAGAAGGGAAAACGUAAGUAAUGUUGGAAGGCUUUUGGUAAUCCUUAUCUUUUAAAAAGCCUGAAGAAAAACCCAUGGGAGAAAACCCAUGGAGGGUAAACAAUGUGAUAUGGAAAAGUUUUUGCUUUUCCUCAUGUACUUUCCAAGAUGUGAGGAUUCAUGCAUAUGGGAAAACAUUCAGUAAUUACUUCUAGUAAAUAUGUGAGUUGUCAAGGAUUUCAGUUUACUUGGAUAUACAUUCAGUGCUCAUGGAAGCAGCAGUCAAGAAAUCAAAUGACGCAUUGCACUGGGCAAAUCUGCAAAAGACUUUAAAACGUUAAGAAGCAAAGAUGUCACUUUAAGGACUAAGGUGCGCCUGAUCGGAGCAUAGCAUUUUCUGUCGCCUCGUGUGUAUGUGAAAGAUGAACAAUAAAUAAGGAAGACCAAAAAAGAAUUGACGCCUUUGAAUUACGGUGUUGGCAAAGCGUAUUUAAUACACCAUGGACUGCCAGAAGAACAAACAAAUCUGUCUUGGAAGAAGUACAGCCAGAGUGCUCCUUAGAAGCAAGGAUGGCGAGACUUCAUCUCACAUACUUUGGACAUGUUAUCAGGAGGGAUCAGUCCUUGGAGAAGGACAUCAAGCUUGGUAAAGUAGAGGGUGAGUGAAAAAAAGGAAGACCCUCAACGAAAUGGAUGGACACAGUGGUUGCAACAGUGGGCUCAAGAUAACAAUUGUGAGGAUGGUGCAGGGGUGGGCAGUGUUCCAUUCUGUAGUAUAUAGGGUGACUGUGAGUUGAAACUGACUCGAUGACACCUAACAACAUCACCAACAAAUAUGUGAGAAGUUGAACUUCUGGAAAAUCAUAUAUAUGUAAAGACUAUGGAAACAUCUAUCGAUCUUUUUGAAAUCUUAGAAAAUGUGAAGUAUUACACUGCGGCUUGAUACUAUAAAUGUCAAAGAUGAGGGAAUCCUUCACUGUCUUGUCUCAGUUAGGAUCCCUGUGAGAUCUCACAUGCAGAGACUGUGACUCAAAGCCAAGUUACCUUUCAGUUAUAUGACUUUGGAUAAGUAUCAAAAUGUGUAUUGGUUCUUUUAUAUAAAGAUUGUCUUUAUUAUAAAGUCUCAUCAACACAUUGGUACCUUGAGGUGUGUUUUCUUUUUAUCAACUAUUUUAAGUUUUUAUAGGUUUUCACAUUAUAAUGCAAUAUGUUGUCAUUGUAGAAUAUAUGAUGUCAACGGGAAAUUUAAAGGAAAACUGAAAAAUCACUCAGUAUCCCACGGCUCAUGCUGUUUUGGGUAAUUCCUUUUAGUCUUCUUUGUAUGCAAAGCAGUGUUUGCCUAGAGAAUAUCAAUUAUGUCGUAUGUGUAGUGCUCUACUGAGCAUUUUUUUCCAUUACUUCUGUCAUCCUCCACAACUGUUACGAUCUUUGGAUUAUUGAUGAGAAAACUGCACAGAAAGUUUUGACCCAAAUACUUGCUACCUCACAAAAAUGCCCCAUGCAAGUGGUACUGUGAGAAGCAGGGUUUCCAUGAAAGGAGGGCUCCUCUUUGGAGUUCCACAUGGACCCACAGCAUGACCUAGCAGUAAUGAAACUUCAGUCCAGCACAGGCCCAGAGCCUGUAUUUUGAGACAGUCCUACUUUUGGUAAUUCUCUGGUUCCUGGAAUGUGUGCCAGUCUAGGAGCUGAGGCUGCGAUUAAUUACUGGGCUGAACUAGACUGGCGACUGCUGCUCCACCUGAUGUGCCUACCUCAGCAGUGUCGUAUUGCAUGCCAGCUACUGAUGUUAACCACAUCAGUCUCCCAGAAUUGCCAGUAAUUUCCCCAUUGUUGGGAGGUUAGGUUGUUAGGCUUUUUUCUGCCUGUAACUAUACCUUUUUAGAAUUAUUAUCAUAAGUUAAUUAAGUUUUGUCAUGUACAGGUAAGUUUUAGUUUGCUGACUUGCUGAUGUUUCAACCUAAAAUAGACUAUAUAAACUUGUGAAAAGGAGUAUAAUACUUCAGACAGGGAUGUUAUUGGACUGGACUGGGAGUUUUAGAAUUCUUGUGUAGAAACUUUUGAGGUUUUUCAAGUUGCUGCUAAGCCAGCGUAAGAUGGAACCAAGAUUACGUACAUGAGACUGAGUAAAAUAAAAGAAUUACCAUAGGUCUUUAUGAGAAUAUUACUGAUGUUCAAUGUUCUAAUUUUUAAAUACAAAAAAAAUUUAUUUCCCUUUCCCUAUUUUAAUGUAAUCAUCAGUUAUUUCAGUAACUAACAUCAUUACGGAAACCCUGGUGGCGUAGUGGAUAAGAGCUACGGCUGCCAACUGAAAGGUCAGCAGUUCGAAUCCACCAGGCACUCCUUGGAAAUCCUAUGGGGCAGUUCUACUCUGUCCUGUAAGGUUGCUAUGAAUCGGAAUCAACUUGAAGGAACGGGUUUGAUUUGUUUUAAUUUAAUAUCAUUAUGCUGGUUAUAGAAUGCCCUGUAGGUUAAGAGACACUGUAGUAGUUUAAAUAAUUCCACCUAUCAACUACAAAAAAUGAAUGCUGAGAUGACUCUGAUAAAAAGUAGUUCUUCUAAACCACAUGGACCUCUUUCCUGUUGCUUAUACCGACUCUAAUGUUGUUAAAUAUUGUAAGUCCUUAAUCCAGUACUCUAAGGAAUAUUUUCACAGAUUAAAGAAGUCUUUAACAACCAAAAUCAAAAACCCAAAAUCUGUCUGAUAUUGUUCCAGAGGACUAUGUAUAUUAAAAAUGGACAUGAGUUAAAAGAUUCCUUGGGACCUCAUUGGAAAAGAUUGUAUGUAGUUCUCCUUACAUAUCUUUAUGCUGCUAAGUCACAGGGAGUUAAGCCUUGAAUACACCUCUCCCAAUUAAAGACUGUAGUUCCUGUUUAGACUGUCCAGCCAACAAAAAGACUCAAAUUCGCCUACUCCAAUAAAGAAGUCGUUGGUUUUUGCAAAAUUCUGUUGUGUGAUCUCUGGCAUCGUUGCUAUCACCAAGGCCGUAUUUUCCAACUAUAGAUCACCUUUCUAACUUUCGUAUUCCAAUCACCAGUAAUUAUCAAAGCAUUCUGAUUGCAUGUUUGAUCAAUUUUGCACACUGCAGAAGUUGGUAAAAAUCUUCAAUUUCUUCAUCUUUGGCCUUAGUGGUUGGUGUGUAAAUUUGGAUAAUAGCCAUAUUAACUGGUCUUUCUUGUAGACAUACGAAUGUUAUCCUGUCAGUAAUAGCAUUGUACUUCAGGGUAGAUCUUGAAAUGUUCUUUUUGACAGUGAAUGCAGUGUCAUUGCACUUCAAGUUGUCAUUCCCAGACGGAAUACACAGGAAUCAAAUUGACUGUGUCUGUGGGAAAAGUCAACGGAAAAACUCAAUAUCAUCAGUCAGAACAAGGCCAGGGGCUGGCUGCGGAAAAGACCAUCUGUUGUUCAUAUGCAAGUUGAAGUUAAAACUGAAGAAAAUCAGAACAAGUUCGCAGCAGCAAAUAAUGUGACCUUGAAUAUAUUCUACCUGAAUUUAAAGACCAUCUUUAGAUUUCACACAUUGAACACUAAUGCCUGAACGAACACCUGAUGAAUUAUGACAUCAAGAACAGCAUAAACGAAGAAAGCAAGAGGUCAUUAGGAAGACAGAAAAGAAAGAAAAGACCAAAAUGGAUGUCAGAGAGACUCUGAAGCUUGCUCUUGAACAUGCAGUAGCUAGAGCAAAAGGAAGAAUUGAUGAGGUAAAAGAGCUGAACAGAAAACAAAGUAUUAUAACGUAUUACAGUGACAUGUGCAAAGCCAUGGAAAUAAAAAAUCAAAAAGGAAGAACACAGUUGGCAUUUCUCAAGCUGAAAGAACCAAAGAAAAAAUUCAGGCCUCAAGUUGUAAGAUUUUAAAGGGUUCUAUAGGGAUAAUAUCAAACGAUACAGGAAGCACAAAAGAAGAUGGAAGGAAUACACAGUCACUCUACCAGAAAGAAUUGGUCAACAUUCAACCAUUUCAGGAGUUAGCAUAUGCUCAGGAACUGAUGUUACCAGAGGAAGAGGUCCAAGCUGCACUGAAGGCACUGGCAAAAGACAAGGUUCCAGGAAUUGAUGGAACACCAAUUGAGAUGUUUCAGCAAACGGAUGCAUUGCUGGAAGUGCUUACACGCCUAUGCCAAGAAAUUUGGAAGACAGCUACCUGUCCAGCCAGCUAUAGAAGAGAUCCACUUUUAUGCCUAUUCCCAGGAAAUGUGAUCCAACCGAAUGCAGAAAUUACCAAACAGUAUCAUUAAUAUCACAUGCAAGCAAAAUUUUGCUGAAAAUCAUUCAAAAGUGGCUGCAGAGGUAUAUCCAGAGGGAACUGCCAAAAUUUCAAGCAGGAUUCAGAAGAGGAUUCAGAACCAGGGGUAUCAUUGUUGAUGUCAGAUGGAUCCUGACUGAAAGCAGAGAAUACCAGAAAGACAUUUACCUGUGUUUUACUCACUACGCAGAGGCAUUCGACUGUGUAGAUCACAACAAAUUAUGGAUAACAUUGUGAAGAGUGGGAAUUUCAGAACAUGUAAUUGUGCUCACGAAGAACCUGUGCAUGGAUUAAGAGGUAGUUGUUAGAACAGAACAAGGGAUACUGCAGGGUUUAAAGUCAGGAAAGGUGUGUAUCAGGGUUGUAUCCUUUCACCAUACCUAUUCAAUCUGUUUGCUGAGCAAAGAAUUCAAGAAACUGAACUAUAUGAAGAAGAACGGGGCAUCAGGAUUGGAGGAAGACUCAUUAACCUGCAUUAUGCAGAUGACAUAAUCUUGCUUCCUGAAAGUGAAGAGGAUUUGAAGUACUUACUGGUCAAGAUCAGAGGCCACAAUCUUCAGUGUGAAUUACACCUCACUAUAAAAAAAAAAAAAAAUCCUUACAACUGGACCAAUAAGCAACAUCAUGAUAAAUGGAGAAAAGAUUGGAGUUGUCAAGGUCAAUCAACACCCUUCGAAACAGAAGUCAAGAAAUCAAAAGACGCAUUGCAUUGGGCAAAUCUGCUGCAAAAGACCUCAUUGAAGUGUUGGAAAGCAAAGAUGUCACCUUGAAGACUAAGGUGCACUUGACCCAAGCCAUGGUGUUUUUAGUCACCUCAUGCAUGCAAAAGCUGGAGGAUGAAUGAGAAAGACGGAAGAAGAAUUGAUGCCUUUGAAUUGUGUUGGCAAAGAAAAUCGAAUGUACCAUGGACUGCCAAAAGAACAAGAAGCAAGGAUGGCGAGACUGUAUCUCACAUACUUUGGACAUGUUAUCAAGAGGAAUCAGUCCCUGGGGAAGGACGUCAUGCUUGGUAAAGUAGAGGGUCAGAGAAAAAGAGGAAGAUCCUCAGCUAGAUGGAUUGACACAGUGGUUGCAACAAUGUGCUCAAGUAUAACGAUUGUGAGGAUGAUGCAGGACUGGGUAGUAUUUCGUUCUGUUGUACAUGGGGUUGCUAUGAGUUAGAACCGACUUGACAGCACUCAACAACAAACUUCAGUAAACAGGAGUAGACUGCUAAGACAGAAGCAGACACAUCUAGAAUGAGACUCCAUGCAGGUAGAUGAGAUUUUUGAACUAAGCUUUAUAAUCUUUACUUUCCUAUUUAUCUUGAUUAUCCUUCAACAAGUUGAUAUUCUCCCCUAUAAGGUAUAUUGUGUAGAAACCCUAAAGUAGCUGCUCUUUGUUUGAUACUUAAUAGACUUUAAAAUAACAUUUUAUCAACUGGAAUUAGUAAAUUAAUACUGUUCCAUGUGUUACUUUUUGAUUUAUGCUCACUUCUUUCUUCCCCAUGCAUAUGCAGGGUAUUAAGGUCCUUGGACUCCCGUUCCUACUGCCGUAGGUAAUCCUUAUAGGAUUACAUUUAAAUGCCCUUAUCCCUAAGUCAAGAAAUUUCCCUCCAUGUUAAAUUUUUGUCUCUGCUACAUGUUCUUACCCCCACCUAACACUUACAGCCUUUAAAGUUGUCUUACUAUAUUAUUUUUAAUUAAUAUUUUUAUAUUUUGAAGCUUUUAUUAAGUAAAUAAAAGCUAUUGAUAUAAUUUUUUAAAAUGUAGGUGCUAAAGAAAACCUAAAGGUAAUGCAAUUAAAAGGUCUCUAUGAGUCAGAAUCGACUCGUAGAAACUCCAGCAGAUAAUUAAGUAUAAAGUCCCUAAAAGAUAACUAAAUACGGCUAGAUUUCUUGUAAGUCAUCCUGUUUUAACAUUACUCAGAUCUUUGCAAAGAUGCUAUAAUACCUACAUAGGAAAUUGUCCUUGGCUAUUUCAUUUUGCUGUGAAUUUCACAUCCAUACAGAAAUACUGUUUUAUAACAUUUAAGUUACAUUUUUCUUAACGAAAAGAAUGUUAUGCUUUGUAAAGAAAGUAAAUAUUUGUCCUCAAAAGGAUAAAAAUAAUCAGUUAUCAUAUAUAGCUCUAUUCUCUAGAAACAAGUCAUCCUGACUAAAGUAAUUUUUAUAGCUAAUUACUUUUGAGAUGACUAAUUUUUAAGAUCUAAAAUAAUUAUUUCAAGAUGAAAGUUCAGAAUUUAACAGUUACUUUUUAAAAGAGGAAACCCUGGUGGUGUAGUGGUUAAAUGCUACGGCUGCUAACCAAGAGGUCGGCAGUUCGAAUCCGCCAGGCGCUCCUUGGAAACUCUAUGGGGCAGUUCUACUCUGUCCUAUAGGGUCACUGAGUCGGAAUCGACUCGACGGCAGUGGCUUUGGCUUUCGCUUUUUUAAAAGAAUAAUAUUUGUGGUAGAUUGUGUAUUUUUUUUCCUAGCACAAACCUCUUGCUGGGAAUGGGUCUAUUUAAGAACAGCUAACUUCUCCAGUGAAUGCUUAAUUUCAUAUAAUGCCCCUCCUAGAUUUUAAAACAUGGCUUUUUUCAGAAAAUUUAAAAGUAUGUUUACAGAAAAAUAAAAAAUAAAGCCUCUUUACGUUCAAAUGUGACUAUUAGCUAACGUUAAGAAAACUGUCUAUUUGUGACAACUUCUUGGCAGACUUGGCUUGAACAAAUAAGUCCAGCCAUCCCUCUCCCAGCUGAAAAUAAUGGGACCAACAUAGUAUGUGCCCCAUGUGGACGCAAUUUUUUUUUCAUAUGGAGGAUCAAGAUACCCCACUGUUGCCAAUUCAAACCCAAAUGAUAAGUCCCAUACCUGGACUCUGUCCUGUUUGGAUGGCUGUAAUAUAACAUGUGGAUGUACUUCAAGCCUCCUAGGAGUACCUUUAGACAUCCGUUUUUAUAGUAAAAGUCUACAUUAGCCUAACCCUCUAAAUUUGUUGGAAAGAGAAAAGGGGCAUAAACUAUAGAAACAACCUCAACCAAAGCCUAACCAAUCGAAAUACUGUAAGUUCUGUUCUUAAAACCAUAUAAAAUGUGUAGUGAUUGUGCCUUGAAAUCCGUGGUUUUAUGUUGAUGGGCAGAGUAGAUCCCAAUUUGAAUCUUUUCUCUAAACCCUUAAUAAACCUGUCUGUUUCACUCUAAACCAGCAUCUAAGUUUUCUUUGACAAUCAGAUAGGCUUACAGUAAAAAUUAUUGUUUAUCAGAAAUUCCAACAUAACCAAGCAUUCAUGUUUUAAUUUACUACAUCUGCACUCCUACACAGACCACGCUCAGCUGUCAGCACUCCCUAACCUUGUCACCCUCUUCCUUGCACUUAGGAUUCCCCGCCAGCAGUCUCAUCCUCAUGGUAAACUUAUCCUUCAAGAACAAACUCGGAUGCCAUUGUCUCUGUAAAACAUCUUGUAUUUUCCUCAGGUAGUUAGACCAUCCUGUGAUACUUUUCUCAAAUUUCUAUUAAAGAACUUAUCACAUUGAGUUGGCUCCUGUCUCCAUCACCAUCCCUGAUGUCUCUCAAGGGGUACAGCUGGGUCUCAGGUAUCUUUUUAUCUCUAUGCCUGGUAUCUAUGUAGUAGAUACUUAAUAAAAGUUUGAAGGAAUGAAUGAGUGAAUUUUAUAAACGGUUGCUGAAGGACUUACCUUGCAUCCUCAUAUGCCUGCUCCAGCCUUGUGAGUAGGAACUGACCUGGGACUAUCAGCUAGGUCUUGGUGUUGCUACAAAUUGGCCUGGCAACUAGGUUCUCAAAGCUUUGUUCACCGGUUGAACUAAAACAGUUUCAACAGAACAUCAACAUCAGACAAGUCCAUUCUGGGACUCCAGUGGAUGAAGAUGAGAGUUAGGCCACUCGCAAUCACGUCUGAAUACAAGGUAUGAAUAUUAUCCAAGCCACAGCAUACUAAACAUCCCCACUUCUGGUUAAUGUGACUGACUGCUGCCUCUUUGCCAAUUACAGCCUUAGCCUUUACAGUCUGGUCUGGCCUCUCCAUAGAGAAGGUUUAUGGUGAUACCCAACCGUAGAAUUACCCCCACUUCUUGCAACAUUCAAUCCAAAGCAAACUCGAGUAACCCAUUGCUGUCCAGUAGAUUCUGACUCAUGGCGACCAUAUAGGACAGAAUAGAACUGUCCCAUAGGGUUUCCAAGUAAUGGCUGGCAGAUUUGAACCACUGACCUUUUGGUUGGAAGCCAAAAUCUUCCACAAAAUCACCUCACACAGGCUCUUUUCUAAUAGCUUCAUAUUAAGACAUGCCAGUGUUCCCCUUGUGGUGCAUUCACCUUAGUUAAAGAGUCAUAAACCCACCUUGUUCAAUUACGGACGCGUUUCUAGUGGUCUGGCUCCAAGGCAUUGACACACUUGGCUCAUGAUAAGUACAUACCAAAUGUUUGUCCAAAAAUAGCAUUGAGAUUUUUGCAUCACCAGACGAUUUAUUGCUUUUUGGGUACAUACACAGUUGAGGGUGUAUGUGUCAGGUUUACAUGAAGAGUGUCAAAUGACCUGCAACAGAAAAACUUCUAAUUGGUUGUGGCUUGUUCUCCUAGUCACACAAAUGACAAAUAUCUCAAAAUGUGAGCCUGCUGCACCAUAACUGAUGUCAGUAAGCCACAGACAUCUGGAAAAACCAAAAGCAUUGCUUAUGUAAAAUGCUUCAAAGUCCUGGAGAAAGAAAUCAUUUAUGAACACAUUUCAAAAUAAUGCCAUAUAUUUGUACUGCAUGGUUUUCAAAGUUGUUUGAACUCAGUUACUUUCUGGUCAUGUCCAGGCCCACUGUCAUGACUAAAAGUGGCUUAGCAUUUGUGCUUAUCGCGAAAAGAAUAAAAAUACAGAAAACAAAUGUAUUAAAUACUGAAUUAAGUGUUUAUAACAUACAUUUUCUUAUUUAACCUUAACAGUACCCCAGCAUGGUACAUGUGAAAAAACUAAAAUUGUACAGUAUUUCCAAAAUCAAAAUAAGGAUCAAUUUGGAAUUUGAAAUCAGAUCUUGAAUACAACAUCUAGUGUUUCUCAUACAACAUAUACAAAUGUUUACUAAAUGUCAUCUUCGACCUGACUGAGGGCCAAAUUCUGAGAUUUUCGGGAGCUCAGAGGGGUAAAAGGAAACAUGUUCCCUUUGUAUGCAACUCAUAUCCAAAAAAGUCUGUCCCCUACCAACUGACUGCAUAUAUAAGGGCUGUAGGAUUAAAUAAAAGGCUCCUUGUCAUGUGUAUUACCCAGAGUUAGCCAAGCUGCGAGGACUGACAGCACAGUUCUCCCCACUGCCAGUCUUCUCAAGAAUUCUG